AUGAAACAACAACAACAAUUGCCUUCCAUUAGCACAUUGAUUGAAAGUUUGAAGGAUCGACCUUUACAUGAGAGUCGAUCACGUCAUGUGGAUGAUGAGAAUCCCUUCUCUUUGUCCAUGCCAACAACAACAAGAACAACGGAUGGAUUGUGUUCUGUAUAUCCAAAUUUGGAUGGACAGUCAAAAGUCACCACCACAAAACGCAUGCAUCAGAACGUGUUUCAUCCACAACGACAACCACAUCAUCAUCAACCUUCCCCAACAUAUCAUCAUUACAUGCAUUCCACUACUCAACCUGUACCCUAUGUUCCUUCCCCAACUGUCACUUGCCAAUCCAUCAAUCCCCAAAAGUUAUACUACAACGACUUGAAAUUUACUUCUUCCAUGUCCAACAUUACUACAUCGACCACAACCACAUCUCCUUCUCAAUCUCCUCGUUUAUUACAUCAACGAUCAAAUCCUCUGAUGAUUUCAACGUCAAGAAAUUACAACAACUCGAAUUCUCAAAAUUUACAUACAUACAAAUCAAAGAUGCACCAUCAUCAUUCUCCUCAUAUUGAAUUAUCCCCAAAUUCACCAACGAAUGGUACUUCAAUCCAGACAAGUGUCAUGAAUCCAUUUUUGGAAAAACGUAAUCUGACACCAUGUUCUUCUUCUCCGAAUACACCGACUUGUGCUCUGGACCUAAUGAAUGGACAACAAUGUUACACCAACCAUCACGAUCAUUCGAAAUGUCAGUCGUCAUUCUCCUCCAAUUCAAGCAUUCUUUCAAGAACUACAAGUUUCAAUAGUAACAAUAGUCAAAAAACAUCAUCAACAACAACAAAUUCAAUGGAUGCCAUUUCUCAAUCUUUUGCAUCAAAAUCUCCAACAAUCACUUCAUUGGAAACAUUUCAAGAAUCCAACAACAUGUCAAAACCUUUGACUGUUCUUGGAAAACGAAAACAACAACUUGAAACCAAUGAUCUCAAUAUUUCUGACAACCAUGAUGGAAUGACCUCAUCAACAAGGAUGAAAUCUCCUCCAUUGUCUUUAUCCAAUCCUUCCUCUCCAGUAACUGUUGUACAAUAUUCCUUUGUAAAUACUAUGAAUGAACAAACUUGUCCAAAAAAGUCAAAACGAACCACUCAACAAGACAUUCACUCAUCAUCAUCGUCCAUGAAAUCAUCUCCGUAUCAAUUUAUGAAUUUUUCCAUUUCGAAUGACAAUUCCAAAAUUAAAUUUGUCAAUGCUCAACAUCAAUUGAAAGGAAUUAAUGAUGGAAGUUGGACAGAGAAGGAACAUGAAGAUUUUGUAAGAGGUCUUAAUGAAUGCGGAAAGGGAAAAUGGAGAGAAAUUGCAGAAAAGUUUGUCAAGACUCGAACGAGAACACAAGUGGCGAGUCAUGCACAGAAAUAUUUUGCAAAUAAAAAGUAUUGA